UCUAGGAAGGGUGGCAUGGCAGGUGGGAAGUUGGUGUCUCCAAAGUGGAAGAAUUUCAAGGGCCUGAAGCUCCAGUGGAGAGACAAGAUCCGGCUCAAUAACGCCAUCUGGCGGGCGUGGUACAUGCAGUAUUUGGAGAAGCGCAAAAAUCCCGUAUGCCACUUCGUCACGCCACUAGACGGCUCUGUGGAAGUGGAUGAGCAUCGCCGGCCAGAGGCCAUCACCACAGAAGGGAAGUACUGGAAAAGCCGCAUUGAGAUCGUGAUCCGGGAAUAUCACAAGUGGAGAACCUACUUCAAGAAAAGGUUACAGCAGCACAAGGAUGAGGACCUCUCCAGCCUGGCCCAGGAAGAUGACAUGCUUUAUUGGCACAAACAUCGGGAUGGAUGGAAGACCCCAGUCCCAAUGGAGGAGGACCCACUGCUGGACACAGACAUGCUCAUGUCAGAAUUCAGCGACACACUUUUCUCCACACUCUCCUCACACCCACCGGUGGCCUGGCCCAACCCACGGGAAAUAGCACAUCUGGGAAAUGCAGACAUGAUUCAGCCGGGGCUGAUUCCUUUGCAGCCCAAUCUGGACUUCAUGGACACUUUUGAACCUUUCCAAGAAAUCUUCUCUUCCAGCCGCUCCAUUUUUGGCUCCAUGCUGUCUGCACCUGCCUCAACAUCUGCACCAGAUCCCAACAGCCCACCUGCUCAGGAGAGCAUCCUGCCCACCACCUCUCUCCCCACCGUGAGCCUCCCUGACAGUCUCAUCGCAUCUCCCGCAGCCACUGCCCUGGACUCCACAGAUAGGCCGGGCUGUGAACGCACUUCCCAGCCCGAGGAUCCCUUUAUCCAGCCCGCAGACUUUGGUCCCUCAGCGCCCCCACUGAGUGUCCCACAGCCUUUCCUCCCCGUGUUCACCAUGCCUGUGCUCUCGCCCAGCCCCACCCCAGUGCCGGCUCCCCCUGCUGUGCCACUAGUCCCUCCUGCCACCCCCCUGAACCCCCCAACCCCACCCACCUUCCUGCAGCCACAGAAGUUUUCUGGAGCCAACAAGUCCCCCGCUGUCAUUACCCACACGGCUUCCACCACUCUCACACAUGAUGCCUCUGCCACCACCUUCAGCCAGAGCCAGGGCCUUAUCAUCACCACUCGCCACCCCACCCCCUCAGCAUCCACCUGUGGCCUGGCACUGUCUCCAGCCACCCAGCAGCCAGCUGUUGGGCCUGCACCCCGUUUAUCUUUUGUGCAUCCCAAACCUGCCUUGGCUGGAGGGAGGCCCAAGCAGCCCCCCAAAAUAGUGCCUGCUCAACCAGAGCGCGUGUCCUUGGUAUUGAAGAAUGCUUGCAUUGCUCAAGCUGCCUUCUCAGGACGGCCACAAGCAGUGAUCAUGACAGGCCCUCUGAAGAGAGAAGGGAUGUUGGCUUCAACCGUGUCCCAGUCCAAUGUGGUCAUCACGCCUGCUCCCAUCACCAGGGCUCCUGGAGUCACAGAGUUCCACAGCAGCAUCCUGGUGACAGACCUGGGCCAUGUCACAAGCAGCCAGCCCGGCCCCAUCUCCCGGCUCUUCUCUGCAAGCUCAGUGCAAGACUCCCUAGUGAAGGGCGAGCAGGCCCCACUGCACGGGGGCAGUCCCCAGGGUGCUGUCGUGGGUUCUGGUCGGGAUGGCCCAAACUCCGGGCAGGCCUCUCCGUGUGCUUCAGAACACAGCCCCAGUCCUCAGUCUCCCCAGAACAACUGCUCAGGGAAAUACUCUGCAGAUUCCAAAAAUGUGGUUGUGUUAAAGAACCGGCAGAUGAAGCACAUUUCAGCCGAGCAAAAGAGGCGCUUCAACAUCAAGAUGGGCUUUGACACCCUGAACAGUUUGAUCUCUAACAACUCCAAGCUGACCAGCCAUGCCAUCACGCUGCAGAAGACAGUGGAGUACAUCACCAAGCUGCAGCAGGAGCGCAGCCAGAUGCAGGAGGAGGCGCGGCGACUGCGGGACGAGAUCGAGGAGCUCAACGCCACCAUCAUCUCCUGCCAGCAGCUGCUCCCUGCCACAGGAGUCCCCGUCACCCGGCGCCAGUUUGAUCACAUGACAGACAUGUUUGAUGAGUAUGUGAAGAGCCGGACCCUGCAGAAUUGGAAGUUCUGGAUUUUCAGUAUUAUCAUCAAGCCGCUGUUCGAGUCCUUCAAGGGGAUGGUGUCCACCAGCAGCCUGGAAGAACUGCACCGGACGGCACUGUCCUGGCUGGACCAGCGCUGCUCCUUGCCCAUCCUCAGGCCAAUGGUGCUGAGCACCCUCCGGCAUCUGAGCACCACCACCUCCAUUCUGACAGACCCGUCCCAGCUGCCAGAGCAGGCCGCGGAGGCUGUCACCAGACGUGGCAAGAGGUCGGGGGAGUCUUAGUGCUUAGCCGGCACGUGCCGCACAAGAUGCCAGAAGACCCUUCCCUGCCUGUGGAGAGGAGGCUACAUCCCACACCUCUCCUGACGCAGAGCCUCAGGGCCUCCCUCCAACUCUGCCAGCCCCCUGGGCCGCUCGAAUGCCACGCUCAGGUCUGAAGCAGGUUCGGGUCCUGCCAACAGCAAUAGUCCAUCCUUGGGAGCUCCUUGCUGUCAACUCUCACUCAGCGACCUCAGUUACAACCUCCGCUGCCCUCAGGGCAGCCCAGACAGGGAAACACCAGGGUUCACUGCUGUCCUGCUGGUCUGCCAGGCCCACGGAAGUAGGUGGGCCCGAGGAGGCAGCACCUGCUCCUGGAAUUAGAAAACAAACAGGUCCCUGCCCAGUCCCUGUCUGUUGCGUCCUGGCGGUCGUCUCUGGAUGAUUCCCUGCUGCUCGGGCCCGCCCUGGGGCAGCAGGAAGACAUUUUCCUUCCUCCCCCAGACUCUGACCUGUAGACAGGCUUGGACAGCUGCUCAGGCUUUCGCAUGGCCAGCUGCCUGGAAACCCCGGACUCACGUGUGCAAAAGCAGAGGGUGUGAAUGCACGUGGACAAAAAGGAAAGCACAAACAAUGCAAAGCUGCUGCUCCAGCUCGGAGACCCUCCUGGGUGGCCUGUGACCUGUUCCGAUUUGGCUCCACUUGCCGUGGCGGGCAGCACCCCCAGCAUCGCUGAUGGGAAUGGUGGUGUGGACUUGGUCCAAGGCUUCGCCAGGCGUCGGCUCUCAGAGUGGCCUUUCCAACCUGUCCUCCACCGGCUUCCACACUCGGCCUCGGACGCGCCAGCAGUGGCCCUUCGGGUGAAGCAUUCAAAAAGCCAGGCUCCAGGGUGCUUCCACCAGCCUGGUCAUCUUGUCCGCAUUGUUCACCCGGGAGCCUCAAACUGGAAUGGUUCUCGGACCAAAGAGGUCACCACACCCAAAGGCUGUCCUGUCUUGUUUUGAGGAAGAAAUGGAAUGUCAACAGGCGGAAUUCCUGGCCAGCCUCAGCUGUCCAGACGUCGCCCAGAUCCGAUAGUAAAGAAUUGCACUGAGUUGAUCGGUGGGGGGUCCCUAGGGCACCGGUUGUUUCUGGGUAUGUGGGAUUACAGCGGAGGGUCCAGAGGAAGGCAUGGCAGGAGGCUGGUCUGGGCCAGUCCUCGCUGUGUCUGCAGGAGUAGCUGUGGGUGAAGGGCGCUCUAACACCCAGGAAGCCUAGCCCGGCCAAAGACACCUUCUUGUUGAAAGAAUGUGCUUUUAUGGUCCAGUUGUGAAGUUCAGAGGGGUCCGCUGGCUCUCCUCCCGCCAGAGAUGGAGCUGGACAGUGCUGGGCAGGCCAGGAGAGCUGGGUGGGCUUUGAGGGGGCCCAGGAGCCAUGUGAGGGGGACCACGGCACCUCCUGAGGUUCUGAUCCAUUAGGAGGCUCCCCCUGGUUCCUGGAGGACUGAAGAAGGUGCUCAGAGGGCGGUCAGUCCUGCCUCAGCCUUGGGUGUUGAGGCUGGAUGGGGGUUCUUCCCCAUGUUGCCGUCCGCACCAGCACCUCUGCUGCAGGUCACUAACCUGUCACCUGCCCCCUGGUCUAUGCUUCACCCCCUCGGCCUCCCCAGAACACGUGUUUACAGGCCUCUGGAUCCCUCUCCUGAGAGGCAAGCACAAGAUGAGGCUGGGCUGGUUCCUCAUUUCCACAGGAUGUGGUAAGAGAACCAUCGUUACCCCCAGGUAAACAUGAAGCCCCUUCAAAAGGGGAAGACCACCGUGGUAAGGGCUCCCCUAGGGCCAAAGGGGAAAAGGAAAACACGAAACGUUCGCAGCUGUUAGGGCUCAUGGAGGGGCGUGAGCUCGGCCCCUCCACAGUCUGUGCCUUCAUAAACCACGUGGGUGGCCGCAGUGCUUGGCCCAGCCUAGACCUCUCCUAAAUCUGUAGCUUUCUCCCCACCCCUUGCUGGGAGUCCUUUUUUAAAACAAAUUUAGAUAUAAAAUGGGCCUCUUGCUUCAUUGGCCUACCUCUCUCCAUCUCUCCCUUUUGCUGACUUAAUGAUCAGAUUCUGUUUUGGUAGCUGUUUAAGGCUGUUAGGUUAUGUGUGACUUUGAAGGGUGUGUGUCUGUGUGGCAUGUUUUUGUUUGAGGUAUUUCCUUAAAUCCGUUUCUCUUGGUGCUCACGAUUACCGUGGCUGUAGGGCCACAAAGCUGUUUCUCUUACUGCAGACACACUGUUGCUAGUCCUCCAGGUUUUCUUGUUCUUGAAUCUUGCCUGAUGAAUCUGGCCAGCACAAGGGCCUCUUAACCUCUAUCCUUGGGUCCCGGCCAGGGCAUGGGGAAACUGAGGCAGUCUGCCAACGCCUCCAGUAGACGCUGACCACGGGGCUGUGGUUUGUUUACACUUAUUUCACUCCAACUCCCAUAAAAGAGACUUAAAAAUGCUGACACUUUGGAGAAUGAGAAAAUCAAUCUGAAAAGGGGAAAAAAAUCCUGUCUGGUACAUACAUUUCUGCAAGUAUUUCUGUGAAAUCUUUCUGUGCCAUCAGCUCCUUGCGCUGCUCUUUCCUCUUUCACAAUGAGUGGGGAUGCAGGGACAGAGCAGAGGCCGCUGUGGGGCUUUCUGAAAGCCGAAAGGCCUGUCCCUCCUGACCCAGGCGGCUUACACACCAGCUGUCACCCCUCAGCAGGUCCCCGAGCUGUGGCAGACCCUCAGCUUUGCAGCCGUUUUCACAGCACCAGGGAAGCAGUUCCUACGUCAGAAAUUAGUGCUGAUGGAAGGAGGGGCCGGGGCAGGGCAGUGAAAUCCCCAGCAUGCUGUGGAUUGAGGUCGCAUAUGGGUCCUUGGGCAACCACCUUUCUCCACUUCCUGUCCUUGUGACAUGACCCCAUUUCACCUUUCCAGAGGUCGGGCCUGAAGGUGUUUUUGCUGUGGCCAAUAGAAAUAUAAACUUAGGUUCUUAGAAGACAUGGGACUCCAGCGUGGUGCCCAGCCCCUUUGUCCUAUCCAGGUGAAGGGGUGUGGUCGUGGGUGACAUCAUUCAUUGCCUGAUCCUAGCACAGCCACCUCCAAAAGGGGUCACACACCCCUGUCUCCAUGUGCAGUUCUGGCUGGCUCCACCCCAGCUUCCUCUCAGGUUGGGCCUCCUUCCUUGAGAGGCCCAGCUUCCCACCAAAUGAAUCCAGGGGCAGCAGGAUCGUUGUUUUCAAGAUCACAAGUGUUUGCUUUCUGGCUGAACAAGAGCUCAUCAGAGUGGAGCGGGGCUGUACUGUGGGUCUGUCCCCCCGUGGCCAGCAGACUCGCUCAGUGUGCAGGGGGUGGGUGCUGUGGGCCAGGCCCCACGCUGCCUGCCCUUGCCUCCUCAGUUCAGUUCUUUUACCUCACUGGCUCCGAUGGGCAGGCUUGGAGCAUGGCCUCAUCACCCCCCCUACUCUCAGCAGCCCCUUCCACUCUGGUGGUCGCCUGGUCCCUCCAUGGUCUUUGUCCCACUGACUGGGUGUAAGCUGGGCUGCUCUUCUGUCUGGUGGGAGAGUUGCCUUUCCCGGGAGAUUCCCUGCUUCCCAUUAAGCUCUUUGCAGUAGGUGAACUGCCCCCCCACCACCCCCCCGCUCCCUACACUUAGCUUUGCAAAGUGUUCCCUGUGGGACCUGGUUGGGAUGGAACUGGGAGAGCCCUGAUGUGGCCGCCUCGGGCUCGGUGCCUCAUAGAUUAAGAUUUUCCCCACGUCUGAACAUGGGGAAGGAGAGAGGAGGGCGAGGCUGGAGGAUGGAAGAGCUUAGAAGCUCGACAUGUUUGUACCAUUCAGGAGCUGCCUUGGUCGUGGCCCACUCAGCAGGUCUUUGUGGUUGGAGGGGCUCCAGGAACAGGGAGAAGCGUUAGAACCGCCCCCGCCCCCACCAGUCCCUCCACAGGGGUCAGCUGCCUGAUUCUCUUCUUCUGAGGACGUGGCUCUCCCGGCUCACAUGUGGGGGCUGUUCCUUGUCAGGCUUGUGAAAAUCAGCCUUGGAGAAAAAAGGGAACUUUUUAUACUGAAUGUUGGCUUUGACUCUGUGUGUGUGUGUGUGUGUGUAUGAGAGUGUGUUUACUUAAUGAAAUUUUAUUUUUGUGAAAUUCCUUUCCAAUUAUGUAGCAAAAUUCACCUUUACCUCCCAGUCAAACUUUUGGUUCCACAGUCGACCGUGGGCGUCGCUGAUUCGAAGAAUUCUCUUCUGCGUUUCUGAACAGAGACAUGUUGCUCUCAAGAACUGAGCUUGUGCGGGGCUGGGAGAAACUCAAGUUUUAUAUGUUUCCAUAGAGUUUCCAUCCUGCAGUUAGAAGGUAGGAAGGGCCCGGCCCUGGGAGACCCGGCCCAGCUGUGUGCUCGCAUGGGAGCUGAGCACAGCCUCCCCCACGCACCUGCCACUCCACACCUGAGCCCUCUCACGGCCCAGACACCACGCUCUUUAAUUGUCCGGGUUCCGUUCCCUGUGCAAUGGGUCGCUUUUUCCUGCUGGGAGCUUCGGUGAUGGUGUCAGGGCUCCUUUAGGGGACAGUUCCCCCGUCUGGGAAAGAAACCCCCUCGGAGUCUGGGCAGCGGAGGCUCCCUCAGGCCCGUGUCACCCAGAGCACAGCCCUAUCACGCGUGUCGAGAAGCAUGUUUCCACCAGCUGUGUUCAACACUACAAUGCAGUUUGAAAACUACAUUUACAUCCAGAACAAUAAAAAGCCGUAUUUUUUGGAAA